UUUCCUAUCACAGCAUUGAGAGAGAUUAAGAUACUACAGUUGUUGAAAAAUGAAAAUGUUGUCAAUUUAAUUGAAAUCUGCAGAACAAAAGCCACACCUUAUAACCGUUACAAGAGUACAUUCUACCUGAUAUUUGAGUUCUGUGAACAUGACCUGGCGGGCCUCCUAAGUAAUGCCAAUGUGAAGUUUAAUCUAGGAGAGAUUAAAAAAGUCAUGCAGCAACUUCUAAAUGGUUUAUAUUAUAUACAUACCAACAAAAUUCUCCACAGAGAUAUGAAAGCUGCCAAUAUUCUAAUCACAAAACAAGGUGUUCUUAAGAUGGCCGACUUCGGACUAGCAAGGGCUCUGAGCCAUAUAACAAAAUAUACUAACAGGGUAGUGACUUUGUGGUAUCGACCGCCAGAACUGUUACUUGGAGAGAGGAAUUAUGGUCCACCAAUAGAUAUAUGGGGUGCGGGAUGUAUACUGGCAGAGAUGUGGACAAGGUCGCCUAUAAUGCAAGGAAAGACGGAGCAACAUCAGUUACAACUUAUCAGUCAGCUUUGCGGCUCUAUCAAGCCAGAGGUGUGGCCAGGGUGUGAUAAACUUGAACUGUAUUCUAAAUUAGAAAUACCUGAUGGUCAUAAAAGGAAGGUAAAAGAAAGGUUGAAGCCAUAUGUAAAGGAUCAGUAUGCGUUAGAUCUGCUGGACAGACUAUUAUGUCUGGACCCUGCCAGGCGUAUAGACUCAGACACUGCCCUCAAUCAUGAUUUCUUUUGGGAGGAACCCCCACCACAAGAUCUCAGUAGAAUGUUGUCACAGCAUUCAACAUCAAUGUUUGAGUACCUAGCUCCACCAAGAAAGCUUCAAUAUAGACCAGCUGUCCCGCAACAGCCAAGACCAGCACCCAACAUGGAUCAACACUUUGAGAGAGUUUUCUAGGUUGAGUGACUUUUAGAACUAACAUAAUAUAAAUAUACAUGAUCGAAGAAUUGGAAGUGAGAUAUUGAAAUUGUGUCAUCCUAACACCAGUCUUGGAAAUUGGUUGGUUCAGUUUUAAUGAAACAAUGCAUGAAUGUGUACAUUGUAAUUUGUAUUGGAGAAGGGAAAUGUGACCCACCAAAUUCAAUCAAAAUACCCAUGAGUUUUUUAGUUACA